UGUUUCAUUAGAAACACAAGUUCUACGAUCGCCAGCUUCAAGGGUGGACUCUACAAUUUGGCGCAGCCGGUACGAUUACAUGAACAUAGGAGCCAUCUCGUCCAGGACCACAGAGGGCGUCUUUAGUACGUGAUACGCACCAUCUAAUGACUAAUAACCAUCUUUCUAGCAUUAUCACUCGAAUAUGGACACUGGUGGAGUGAACAAACAAUACCUAACAACCAGAUAAAACGGACCCAAAUCAUUAUCGAAGAGUUUAACAAUGUAAUUCUUCAAACAUAUCAAAAAUCAGCAUGCAGCAGAUAGCCUAACGGAAUCCUACGUCAACUAUGCGGUCGUGUCUUGGACACAACCCUCCUGUGACUUUUUUUCUCUUCAAGAGAUUUUUAUUGGUUUUAUACGGUAUACACGAGAGGAGAAAAGAUGCGGGUCCGGUUGAAGACCGUAGCGCCAAACAGAAAAGCAAAUAUUAAUGUAACUAAAAGGCUAGUUUAAUUAGAAAAGAUGCAAGACCGGCUGAAGACCGCAGCGCACACAAAUAAAGAAGAAAAAUCAAGAAGAUGCGAGACCGGCUGAAGACCGCAGCGCAAACAAAUAAGAAAAGAGCGAGAAGAUAUAACACCGAUUGAAAAUCACAGUGCAUACAAGAGGAGGAAAUUUAAUGAUCAGAGAAUUUAUUACCAUCUUGCACCAGUGGCUGGAGAAAUCUAUCCAGAACCGGCGAAAGUUCCAUUCGCGCCACGGGAGAUUCCGGAGUACGACAACGCUGUCAAGCGUCUCAAUGCCUUCUUCGUUGGAAAACGCAACGAAAGGGUUGAACUGGAAGUUUUCCGUUCUCUCCGUCAAACAACUGAAGAGACGUUCAACCGUUAUAUUUUGAGAUUGCGCACUCAGGCUGUAUGCUGUAACUUCGGUGACCGUGAGGAAAAAGAAUUGUUGCAACAGAUAACGGUGGGUGCACUGGAUGAGAGGGUGAGAGAUAAAGGCAUCGAAGGAAAUAUGGAUUUAGAUGAGAUCGUAAAUUAUGCGAUUAAUCGCGAGAUCCUGCUGAAGCAGAAAGGAAAAAUGCAGCCGUUCAGAUCCGAAACCGAUAUGGUGGCUUUGGUCAAACAAGAUUGGACAAAGAAGAUGCCAAAGAGGGGAUAUUCGACACAAUCGUUCAAGCGUGAUCGGAGAUUGGAAAAUGCUGGAAGAACAGAAUGCAGCCGUUGUGGAUCAUGGCGACACCAUCGAGAGUCGGAAGAUUGCAUCGCCCGAAACGCUUCGUGCAACAAAUGUGGGGUCCAAGGUCACUUCGCGAGGAAGUGCAGAGUUGGUCGGAAUGAGCCCUCUGAAAUCCGAUACUCUUGGAAAAAAUCGGAAACGGCUAAUGCUGUGCGGGAUGGAAGUGCCCAGGGAUCAAGAUCGGAAUAUCCGUCCCGUUUUGACGAGAAUAAAGAGGCAAACACAGCACAUGAUGGAACAAUUGUGGGAUUUAUUGAUCAACUGCCGGUAGAGUUUCUGAUUGACUCUGGGGCGUCAAUCAACACUGUUACCGAGCAAGUCUGGGAAAAUCUUGUGGCUAGCAACGCCAGAUUGUUUAAGAAAAAAUUCAAAUGCGAUCGACAAUUCACGGCAUAUGCUUGUCAGGAACCACUCCAGGUUCUGGUGAUUUUUGAAGCCUGGAUUACCAUUAAUGAGACAAAGCCGAAAAGUUAUGCCGAGUUUUUCGUUAUACAAGGAGCACAAAAGUCUUUGCUCAGCAAGAGAACAGCGGAGGAGCUCAAAGUUUUAAAAGUAGGAUUGGCGGUUCUGAGCAUCGUACAGGAUAAAGUGCCAUUCCCGAAAUUCCCUAACAUACAACUUAAAUUAUCCAUUGAUCGCACUGUGUCUCCUAGGAAGGUGGCUUAUUUAAAAAUCCCUGUAGCAAUGGAAGAAAAGGUAAACCAGAAACUUCAACAAAUGUUGAACACAGAUAUCAUUGAACCUGUUUUUGGUCCGUCCGAGUGGAUCUCGCCAAUGGUUGUAGUUCCAAAAGGAACAGAUGAUAUCCGCUUGUGCAUAAAUAUGCGAUAUCCCAACCAAGCGAUACAGCGGGAACAUUAUCCAUUACCACUCAUUGAUACACUGUUAAACAAGCUGAAGGGAGCGGUUGUAUUCUCCAGCAUUGACAUCACCUCGGCAUACUAUCAUGUAGAAUUACAUCCAACGUCACGCGAAAUAACAAAGUUCAUGACGGGAAGAGCGAAUAUGCGAAUGUGUGAAAUGUUUGCUGGUAUUGAAGGUGUUGUGGUGUAUAUCGACGACAUUGUUGUUUGGGGAUCAACACUAGAAGAACAUGAUGAACGGUUACAAAAAGUACUAAAUAUUCUUGAGGAUAACCGGGCAAUGCUAAACAAAGAAAAGUGUGUUUUUGGCGUGAAAGAGCUCGAAAUACUGGGCUUCAAGGUAGGCGUGGAUGGAAUCAGCCCAACGGAUGCCAAAGUUGCAGCAAUCCGGAACUUCAGAAUGCCAGAAACAAAGGAGGAGGUCCGAAGCUUCCUUGAUGCAGCAUUUGAUGAAUCUUCAGACCAUUUUGUUUGUGGGAUAGGCGAAGGGCCGUCAGCCAUUACGCUGGACGACAUUCGGAAGGAAACAAAUCUUGAUGAUGUGCUUAAAGAAGUUGUAGAAUCCAUUAAAACGCAGGUGUGGCCAUCAAGUUUGUGCGCUUAUCAAGCUUUCUCUAAAGAAUUGGGGGUGAUUCAAGGCGUUGUAGUAAGAGAUGACCGAAUUAUUCUUCCAUCAAAACUGCUACAAAGAGCAUUAGAUAUCGCGCAUCGAGGCCAUCCAGGAGUAGUUUCAAUGAAACGAAAUCUCAGGGAGAAAGUGUGGUGGCCCUAUAUGGACCGAGAUGUUGAGCAUCGUGUACAAGAAUGUGCGGGUUGUGUUUCAGUGAGUUCACAAGGAUCACCGGAACCAAUGCACCGCAAAGAAAUGCCGAAUCGUGCAUGGCAGGAUUUGGCUAUAGAUUUUUUCUCAGCCAAGGAAUGUGCGACGUUCUUGGUACUGGUUGAUUACUAUAGCCGAUUUUUAUCUGUCACUGAAAUGAAGUCUACUAAUGCAAGAAAAACUAUUGAGGUUUUGGAAAGCGUGUUUAAGGAGCACACAUAUCCAGAGACAGAUAGAACUGACAAUGGACCUCCGUUCGCUAGCGAAGAGUUUUCGAACUACUGUCUCAGUAAAAAUAUUCGACUUGUACGCAGCAUUCCGUACUGGCCCCAGAUGAACGGUUUGGUUGAACGACAAAACCAGGGGAUCCUGCGCACCUUGAGAAUUGCUCGCACAAUGAAGGAGGACCGGGGAAAAGCCGUUGAGGAAUAUGUAUAUUCGUAUAAUACUACACCACAUUCAGUCACCGGGAAGUCACCGAUGGAGUUGCUUACUGGACGACCAGUGAAGGACCUACUCCCAUCACUGAGAACCGAACCCUACUGGAAUCGUGAUGAGGAAACACGGGAUAAGGACAUAAUCAGGAAAAUGCAGGGUAAACUCUACGCCGAUAAACGUCGGCAUGCUAGAACGUCAGAAAUUGUUGUUGGGGAUACCGUUAUGAUUAAAAACUACGAAAUUGGAAAAUUAGAGACGGCCUUUCGACCGGAGAAGUAUACCGUGAUCAAAAAAAGUGGAAGCGACGUGGUCGUACUAAGCGAAGACGGUGUCAAAUAUAGGCGACCGAUAACUCAUUUGAAAAAGUACCCAAUUCUGGACAAACAAGAUGCGGCUGAGAUUAUCUCUGGUCAACCUGACAAGGUCACCGAUGAGACUCUUUACAAGGCAGCCAUUAAGAUUCCUGAAAUCGACACCAUCAACCUGAGAAGGUCAUCUAAGUAA